AACUUGAAUAACGGCGCGGUCAGAUUCCCCGUCAUUGUUAACAGAAACUAGGCCACCACCACACUUGCCAGCAGCACCACUAAGAAAAAGCAAUUACCUAAUCCCAACCGUUGAAGCCCUUUCGUCGUUAUCACAAUUUCGUCGUCUCCGUACUACACGCGCGCACCAACUUACUACGCUCACUCACGCCACACCUCCUUCAUUCCCUCACUCUCUCUCUUACAUUACCAAACUAAACCCCAAAAAACCACACAACGCAACGCAACAUCGCGCACACCAACACCUGAAUAGGAAUCACCUCGCGAGAGGACGCAACAUUAGUUGUAGUACUUAAAGGGACUCACAGUGCACAUCAAUGCUUGCUCAGGUCGGUGUCAGGACACGCGCUCCAGCCGCAUUAGCCAUGGAACCUGACACUUCAGCUCGACCAACUCCCAAGAGAAAGACCAUCACCCACACCAACCAAGACCCACCUAAAUUCUCCAAGUCUCCCAAAACCACUUUACGCUGCCUCAGCCCUACCUCCGCUGAAAUUCCUGCCUCUUGCUGCUCCAACAAUGGAUCCACCAGCCUUGAUGAGGACAUGAUCAAACUCUCAGAUCUGGAGGUGGAGAGCGCGCGAGUUGAAACGUCGACGUUCAAUGGUGCUGCACAAAUUGAAGGGAAAGAGAUGAAUCGUUCCGGCAAGCUUCUCGAAAAUUCGGAGGAGACAGAGUCAGUGGAGAUGAUUUCUUGUCGUGCCUCGUCAAAGGCUCGAACCAUGCCAACCGAGUCGGAGCUGGAAGAAUUCUUCGUUACCGCCGAGAAAGACAUUCAGAAACGAUUUCAAGAUAAGUACAAUUAUGACGUUGUUAAGGAUAUGCCGCUGGAAGGACGUUAUGAGUGGGUUCAGUUGAAACCAUGAAGGUGUGGGUCUCGCCAUAAGAAAAAAAAACUCCGAUCAAUUUGAACAUGCCAUUUUGGUCUCUUUAAUUAUAAUAUCGCUAAGUCCGGUCUAGGUCUUUGGUUUCUUCAAUGUUAAUUAUCAUUUACACCAAACAAGACUCUUUUCUCUUGUGUACAACUUUUUUGUAUUUGAGUGUGGUUAAUGUAAACAGGUUGAGAUUCAUUUGUUCCUUAUACUGAGAAGCAGCUGAAUGCUCGCUUGUGCAGAACUAACGCUCCCUUUACAGGUUCCAACUUCUCUCAUUUUUUUCCUAUAAGCGCUCCCCUAAAAUCCCUGUCCAUUUGUGUUUUUAAACUUCGCUUUUUAGUAUAGAGUACACAGAAGUCAGUGACUGUAUGAUUGUGUCUAGUUUUUCUAUUUUUUUGUAUAUUGUUUUGAAGAAAAAAAUAAACAAAGAAAAAUGAGAAGGAAGAAGAUUAGCCGACUUAUAGCGAAAAUGGGGAAAUGAAAGGAGUGGGAGUUGGUAGUAGGAAGAGGGGAGGCCAUGGGAGGGGGCAAAGACACGCACCAUGCGGUGUAAGUUACGGGCACGUGUUAGUGAGGAUGAGAAAGAUGAUCUUAUUAUCCCCGCCCCGCCCCACCAUGUGAGAAAUUGCAGCAAACACUUUCACAAGUACAACAAAUAUAGGGAAGGGAGUAAAAAUUGGAAUAUUGUUUUUAUUGUUGUUUCCACACGUUACCAUUCUCGCUUCUUCUUAUCCACCAAGAUACAUAAAACGGAAAGUAUCUGGUCUUGAUCAGAAUUUGAAAUCCAUAAAGAGAGACACACGCAUCAUUAGUUAGUUUGGUAGUUUUGUUUAAUCAUUAGAAUUCAUGGCAAAAGUGGAUUCAUUUGAAAGAAAGCGAAGUUAAUUGGAGAGAGGAAGAGGAAGUAGGAAUGAGAACGGGAAUGCGGUGAUGAAGAUGAGAGGAAAGGGUUGAGGUAGCAGAAGAGUGGUGUAUUGUUGGGUUGAGAAUUUGUGGUCCCGAUGCUGCAUAGCCACAGUGGACGUAGAGAUGGGAGGUAGGUAGUGUGACCUUAUUCGGCCGUCGUUUGGUUUUGCAAUUUUUAAUUAAUUAUUUUGCCAUGUUGCGCAGGAGGACCGUGUUUGUCACGUCGUACUAGGUAGGCACUUAUUAAAGCGCUGAGAUAGUGCAACAGUACUACAUGGUUGUGGAUUCCGUGAUGUGCCUUCCCACUGCUGCUUUCCGUUAUGUUAUAAUCAUUGCCCUGCAAAUCAAACACCGUGUUUCGGAUGAGAUAUCAGAAUAUCAGAAAAUCAGAUAUCCUUUGACAACACAGGAUCUUCAUUCUUACAAACUUUUCAAAUCUCCCAUCGGGACGUUUCCCUUUAUUCUCCCUUUUAACCCCUGUUAACAUGUGCACACUCAUAUAAUAAAUACACUGCUGUGUUGUUUUCUC